AUGACCCCACGGUCUCCCAAACCACAACCAAAGACGACCACCAUCUCACGAAGACUCAGAAUCCGCGCCGACCAAAACCUGUCUGUCCAGCCGCCAGAGGUCCGACAAUUGAGGACCAUCCGUUCGCGCCGUGCCGCAAUUCUUCCUACGAACCGCCGCACAUCUGUCAAUUACCAGACCGAAGAGACACAUACUCCCGUUUGGCAUCCAGACGUCCUCGACUCGUUCACACGUAGCAAUACCUCGCAUCCUGCUGGAAUAGAACAAAACCCCGACUGCGACCUCUUACUCUCCGAACCAUUAGAUCUCCAAUCUUACCAUUCCCCUCGAGGAUCGCCCUCAGCGCCAGACCCAGAAACCUACGAAGUACAAACCACAUCCGAAUCCGAGCUUCUUCCAUCGCCUUUACCCUCGCUGUCUGGAAGCCACACUGCGACAGACUACGAUCUGCGUCUUUCGGCGGAACCAGAACCUCUUCAAGACCCUACUUUGGAAUUGCAAGAUAUGAGCACUCUGGGUUUCAUGAUGGCGCCUGCGCAGUACAAUAUGGACUACGUUUCCCCGCCUCCCCUUGACUCACCCAGUUACCCGCCUAUCAGCCAGUCAUACUCGGAUACCAAGGCCUCAUCAUCAGCAUCCUACGCGCCUGCAUAUGCCUCCAGUCCUAACCUACAAGGCCAUUCUCACUCAAGAAGAUCAACAGAGCAUCCAGUGCUCCCACCCUAUCAAGCACCGUCAAUGCCGCGAAGCCCGUAUCAACAAGCAUUGGGUCCAAUGCGCGCUAGCCCGUCGCCAAUGAGCUAUCCUCCAACCUCCAGUGAACCCUCGCCCAUGCUUAGCUCAGCUCCACACAGCUACCCCUACCCCGCGGUGCACGCCAAUCUCCCCGGUCAAACCCUCGGCAGCAAUAGUUCCAGCUACCCACCGCCACCAAUAUACCCCCCGACGAGCUACGGUAUCAGCGAAUAUAGCCCGCUUCCUACUACGUUGUACCCGGCCACCACAUCAGCACCUCCGUACGCAUCCUAUGAGCAAUCAAGUACACUUGCCCCGCCGUCCGCCGGUUCUGUACCCGGACUGUCCUCCUCGCCAGGAAGUCAGACCAACGGAAUGAUGCCUCGUGUUCUCAACUCGCGACCUAAGCCCCAAUGCUGGGAGCACGGUUGCAACGGACGGCAAUUCUCCACCUUCAGCAACCUUCUGCGGCAUCAGCGAGAAAAGUCCGGCACAGCUGCAAAGAGUUAUUGCCCGCGAUGUGGCGCCGAGUUCACGCGGACCACGGCACGGAAUGGGCACAUGGCGCACGAGAAAUGCAAGCCACGGAGGACGUCAGAUACGACUAGGUAA